UGGGAUAUUUAUGAGCUAAGGGAAAAUGGAGGUUAUAUAAAUGCAAUUUAAGGCGGAGAGUUAAUAGGAAAUUAUAGCAAUAGAGUUCAGUUGCAGAAUCUCAGCUUGCAGGACAGGUGACUUUGUAGAGAUCUGUGGAAAGAGAAUGAAGCCAAGAAGGGAAAGAAACUCUGGGAGAAUGAUAUGAGGGUGAUGAGCAGAAUAUUGACACUUCUGGAGCAAAGGAGUAGUCUUCUCCAGGAAAGCGAAACCCUGGAAGUACAGCCUGACAAGCAAGAGGAGUUCUCAGCUCACACAGCUAAUUCUGAGACAGGCAGUCCCGAGCGCAGGCUGGGCUGCCAAGGAACCCAGGAGCUGGACGGCUCGUCCCAGUGGCUGGCUGACCAGAAUGAGGCCGGAUCCCAGCAUGCACUGGAGCAGGAAGCCAACACUACAACCACAAACGAAGUUAUUGGGACGAGAGGCAAAGAGCAAGAGAGAAUUAAAAUGCAGAGCAGCUCUCCCCGACAGCACCAUGCACUGCACACACAGACUGCAUCAGACAGAAUGACAGGCAGUAACCCAGUGUCACCAGCCUCCUCAGGCUCACCUGCCUCAACUGGCAGCAUCUCACCACCACAUCUCACCCACGACUCCUCUCUGGACAGUCACCUAGGUUUUGAUGUUCCCAAGACACAUAACAGAGCUCUUGUAUCGCCUGGAAUGUACACCUCCCCUGACCCAGCGAGCAUGUGGGACAAGACACAUGCGGAGAUUGCCGAGCAGGCCAAGCACGAGGCAGAGAUUGAGAAUCGCAUUGCGGAAAUGAAGAAGGAAGGUUUCUGGUCUCUGAAAAGACUAUUGAAGGUUCCUGAGCCAGUCCGGCCCAAAGUGCACUGGGAUUACCUUUGCGAGGAGAUGCAGUGGCUGUCUGCUGACUUCGCUCAAGAGCGCCGAUGGAAGAGGGGUGUUGCAAGGAAGGUGGUGCGUAUGGUGAUCAGGCACCAUGAAGAGCAGAAGCAAAAAGAAGAACGAGCCAAACGGGAGGAGCAGGCCAAGCUGCGCCGUAUUGCUUCGUCCAUCGCCAAAGAGGUCAAGCAGUUCUGGAGCAAUGUAGAGAAGGUUGUGCAAUUCAAGCAGCAGUCACGUCUGGAGGAGAAACGGAAAAAAGCCUUGGAUCUGCAGCUGGACUUCAUAGUGGGCCAGACAGAGAAGUACUCAGACCUACUGAGCCAGAGUCUCAACAAAACGUUUCCGGUUUCCAGCAAGACCAGUGGCUCCCAUGCUGGCUCUACUGCCUCUAGCCCGCCACCCAGUCACCUCACUGAGGAUGAAGCAGAUGGGGAUUUCCAACCCCAUGAGGAGUCUGAUGAUGAGGAAACCAUCGAAGUAGAGGAGCAGCAGGAAGGGAAUGAUUCAGAGACUCGGCAACGGGAGAUUGAGCUGCUGAAGCAGGAAGGCGAACUACCCCUAGAGGAGCUGCUGCAGUCACUGCCACCCCAAAUUUUGGAGAACUCCUUCAAUGUAUCCCCUUGUGCCUCUAGUUCUGACAACGAUGAAGAGGAGGAGGGUGACAGUGAAGAGGAAGAGGAGCAGGAGGAAAAUCAGACAUCCAGAAACUUAAAGGAGAAGCCAAAGUCUCUUACUCAGAGAAACAAGAAACCCUGGAAGCCUGAUGAAGAGGAUGAGGAGUUCACCGCCAAUGAAGAAGAAGCUGAAGAUGAAGAAGAAACAAUAGCUGCAGAGGAAAAGCUGGAAGGAGAUGUGGAUCACAGCCAGGAGCUGGAUGACUUGACCAAGGAAGGUGAGUUGCCCAUGGAGGAGUUGCUGCAAAAAUAUGCUGGUGCCUAUGCCUCAGACUUUGAAAUGGAGGAGUCAGACACUUCAUCCGAAGUCUUGGAGCCCAGCACUUCUGAGUAUGAGGAAGAGUCAGAGGAAGAGGACACCAGCAGCCAGUCAGAUUCCACAGAAGAAGUAGAGAGUGAGCAGGAUGAAAGUGAAGAAGAGGAUGCCAUGGAGGGGGAGGAGGAAGAAGCUUCAGUGAGCCAGGAGGAAGACUUUGGGGUAGAGUACCUUCUGAAGCAAGAUGAGGAUCGUGGUGGCGAGGGAGACAAUGACUCAACUCCAGCCCCAGGGCCGAAGAAGGAGAUCACAGACAUUGCAGCCGCAGCAGAGAGCCUGCAGCCCAAAGGUUAUACCUUGGCUACUACGCAGGUUAAGACGCCUAUUCCCUAUCUGUUGCGUGGGACACUGCGAGAAUACCAACACAUUGGUCUGGACUGGUUGGUCACCAUGUAUGAGAAGAAACUCAAUGGUAUUCUGGCGGAUGAGAUGGGGCUUGGCAAAACAAUCCAGACGAUCUCCCUGUUGGCGCAUCUGGCCUGCGAAAAGGGCAGUUGGGGCCCCCACCUAAUUAUCGUUCCCACCAGUGUGAUGUUGAACUGGGAGAUGGAGAUCAAGCGCUGGUGCCCUAGUUUCAAGAUCCUCACAUACUAUGGGGCACAGAAAGAGCGUAAAUUAAAGCGGCAGGGUUGGACCAAGCCCAAUGCCUUUCAUAUCUGCAUCACCUCAUACAAGCUGGUGCUGCAAGACCACCAGGCCUUUCGACGCAAGAACUGGAAAUAUCUGAUCUUGGAUGAGGCUCAGAAUAUCAAGAACUUCAAAUCCCAACGUUGGCAGUCUUUGCUAAACUUCAACAGUCAGAGGCGGUUGCUGCUGACCGGGACUCCUCUCCAGAACAGCCUGAUGGAGUUGUGGUCUCUCAUGCACUUCCUGAUGCCCCACGUCUUCCAGUCCCACCGCGAGUUUAAGGAGUGGUUUUCCAAUCCACUGACAGGCAUGAUUGAGGGUAGCCAGGAGUACAAUGAGAACCUGGUCAAGAGGCUGCACAAGGUGCUGCGGCCCUUCCUGCUGCGUAGGGUGAAAGUGGAUGUAGAGAAGCAAAUGCCAAAGAAAUACGAACAUGUCAUCAAGUGCCGACUCUCCAAGCGGCAGCGUUAUCUCUAUGAUGACUUCAUGGCCCAGGCUACCACCAAGGAGACCUUAGCUACAGGGCACUUUAUGAGCGUCAUCAACAUCCUGAUGCAGCUCCGCAAGGUCUGCAACCACCCCAACCUCUUUGACCCGCGCCCGAUCCACUCACCGUUUAUCACGGAAGGCAUCUGCUUCAACACAGCUUCCCUCAUCCUCCAUGCCCUUGAUAAUGACCCUUUCAAGCAUUUAGACUUGGGAAUUUUCGAUCUGAUCAACUUGGAGGGCCGUGUGUCCCGUUAUGAGACAGACACAUUCCUGCCCAAGUGGAAGGUGACAAGGAAGCUGAUUGAGGAGAUUGCUGAGUCCCCAGACCCUCCUCCCAGACCCAAGCCUGUCAAGAUGAAAGUGAACAGGAUGCUGCAGCCAAUGCCCAAGCCAGAGAAUCGUACCGUUGUGCUGGUGAACAGCCCUCGUCCCACAACCCCCCUGCAGAGACCCAUAGCCCCUAUGCUUCCAGAGACGCUGACACCUGCUCUGGCCUCCCUCCAACACCCAGGGCCAGUCUUGCCAGGGCCAGUGCAGCCCCCCACGCUCCCUGUCUCAGUCUCUCUCCCCAUGCCCAUCCCGAUGCCCCCCUCACCGGUGACCAUGUCAAUACCAGUGCCUCCUCCCAUCAGACCACAGACCCAAACUCUAGUGCCUACGCUGAGCCAGAACAACACAACUGCCCUGCUGCAAGGCCAUGCCUCUACUCCACAGGUCCUGCCCAUGGCGAUGACUGCAGCUCAGCUGGUCCCAAACAGUCCCCGACCCCUCCUACCACCAUCUCCUAUUUCUUCCACCACCACAGCAUCCUCCUCACUUAAGCCUGGUUCACUACCAGGCCCUGGGGGCCAGCAGCAGCAGCAGCCCAUGAACCCCUUAGCCAUCGCCUCCUUGGGGCAGCAGCCGUCUGUCAACACCCAGCCCAUCAACUCUUUAGGUGCAUCUUCUGUGGGGCAACAGCAGCCCAUUAACACCGUAGGCAUGUCCCCCAUGGGGCAGCUGCCGCCGCCAUCACCUGCCAACACUUUGGGCCCAGCCCCUCCAGCCCAGCAGUCUACCAGCACCAUGGGCACAGGCACCAUUGGAGGCAUGAUGAAGCCCAUGAACAUCCACUCUGCGGUACCCACCUUGCCAGGCUACAACUUUACAACUGCUGGAGCUCUGCAGCAAAGGCUCCUGCUCUCCCCGGAUAUGCAGGCACGGUUGCCCUCAGGUGAAGUAGUAAGCAUUGGGCAGCUUGCCUCACUGGCUAACCGGCCCCUCCAGAGUGCUCCAGGCAGCAAACCCCUCACCUUCCAAAUCCAAGGCAACAAGCUUACAUUGACUGGUCCGCAGGUCCGCCAGGUCACUGUGCCUCAGCCAGCCCGACAGCUGCCAAGGAAUGUAGUUCAUCUGGUGUCCGCUGGGGGGCAGCAUCACAUCAUCAGCCAGCCGGCACAGGUUGCUUUGAUCCAGGCUAUGGCUCAGCAGGCUGGGCAGGCCCCAGUUGGAGUGCAGGCUGUGCCAGGUCACCAGCCCCCCACCGUCCUGCCUGUCCCAGCUACCAGUACAGCCGCUGCAGCUGUUGCUUCCACAGCAACUAUCAGUGUCCCCAUUGCUGCCACCCAAGUGCCCUCAUCAGCAGUGAACAGCUCUGGUGUGGUGAAGAUUGUUGUGCGUCAAGCUCCUCGAGAUGGCCUGCUGUCCCCCUCACCUGGUCCACAACAGCCACCUCUGCGCCCAGUGACACCCACAACUGCCGCCACACUGCCUGGCCUUUCAGCGGCCCUCAUGGCCCAACGAGCCCCACUCCCCAUGAAUCCUGUGCCACCAGUCAGGUUACCUGCUCAGCCGCUGGUGCCAGUGAGGGCACCCACACCAGCUACCCUGCAGGCCCUUGUGAGACCCAUGCUGCGGAUGGUACCGGCACCGAGCCCCAGCACGGGGCAACAGCUGGUUGCGGCUUCCACGCCCCCCACAGUGGCUUCAUUUGCUGUCACUCCAGCUGCUACUGUCACUGUUGCCGCUAACCCCUCCCCUGCGAUGGCUUCCCAGACCACCUCAAGCCCAGUGCCCAAGGAGGAGCCAGAGAUGUUAACGCUGCGCUCCACCACACCGACACCACCCCCACCACCCUCUAUCCUGGCCCCAAGGCCGAGACGGCAACCGCCUCCCCCUCCUCGCUCGCCCUUCUAUCUGGAAUCACUUGAAGAGAAGCGGAAGAAGCAGAAGGAAGAGCGCCUGGACCGGCUUUUCCGCCUCAAUGAGCAGCACUGCCACCUUGUGCCCAUUUAUGGCACAGAGGUGCUACGCUUUUGCACCCUUUUCCCCCCUGCUCCCCCUUCUUGGAGUGGGGAGGAGGAGGAAAGUGAGGAGCGAGUAGCAGCAGCAGCCCAGGAAGUAGAGCCAAAGCUCUGCAGAGGGUCUGGCUAUGCACACUGCUAUGCAGCGCAAGUGCAACGGGACCCCCAUCGCCUUGAGGCCUACUGGCAGCGGGCAGAGACCUUGGCCCAGGCAAUCCUGACACCCCAACAGCGGAUUGAGGAACUGACAGACAUUAUAGAGAGGUUCAUCUUUGUUAUGCCUCCUGUGGAGGCUCCCGCUAUCACCAUGCACACCUCUCACCCACCCCCAUCGCUCCUGCUCCAGCAAGCUGUCUUCAAGCAGACCCUGCAACAAGAGCUCUCACCCCAUGCUAGUGGCCUGCAUCGUAUUGUCUGCAACAUGCGGACUCAAUUCCCAGACCUCCGCCUCAUCCAGUAUGACUGCGGGAAACUGCAGACAUUAGACCAUCUGCUGCGGCAUCUCAAGACUGGGGCCCACCGAGUCCUUAUCUUCACUCAGAUGACUCGCAUGUUGGACGUGCUGGAGCAGUUUCUCAAUUAUCACGGGCAUAUCUACCUUCGGCUGGAUGGUAGCACUCGUGUGGAGCAACGUCAGGCAUUGAUGGAGCGUUUCAAUGCAGACAAGCGCAUCUUCUGUUUCAUCUUGUCAACACGUAGUGGUGGUGUCGGAGUGAACCUGACAGGUGCUGACACUGUGGUGUUCUAUGACAGUGACUGGAACCCCACCAUGGAUGCACAGGCCCAAGAUCGCUGUCACCGUAUUGGGCAAACACGUGAUGUUCACAUCUACAGAUUGAUCAGCGAAAGAACAGUGGAGGAGAAUAUCCUGAAGAAGGCCAAUCAGAAGAGGAUGCUGGGAGAUAUGGCUAUUGAAGGGGGCAACUUUACUACGGCGUAUUUCAAACAGCAAACCAUUCGUGAGCUGUUUGACAUGCCGCUAGAUGAACCAGCCAAGAAAGAAGGGGAGGCCUUGGCUUUAGCACAGGAGGAUGAAGAGGACCCCAUGGCCACCAAGCAGACACAGAUUCUGGAGCAGGCUCUGUGCAGGGCAGAGGACCCUGAAGACAUCCGGGCAGCUACACAGGCCAAAGCAGAGCAGGUGGCUGAGCUGGCCGAAUUCAAUGAGAACAUCCCUUUGGACACAGAAGAUCGGCCCAGCAAGGAAGAAGAAGAGGAGAUGUCUAAAGCUGAGCAAGAGAUUGCCUCACUGGUGGAACAGCUCACCCCCAUUGAACGCUAUGCUAUGAACUUCUUGGAAGCAUCUCUGGAGGACAUCAGUCGGGAGGAGCUGAAGCAGGCAGAGGAACAGGUAGAAGCUGCCCGCAAAGAUAUUGACCAGGCUAAGGAUGAGGUAGUCUUCAAGCUGCCAGAGGAUGAAGAUGAGAGCUGUCUCCUUGAGGAAGGCUCCAGCAAAAAGAGCAAGAAAGCCAAGGUUCUGAGCCGCACAGCAUCAGAGAGGACAGGCACUCGCAUGAGCGAAAGGCUGCGUAGCACCCGCCUCCUGCCGCGGGAUGGGGACAAUGGAGAUGUGGAAUCCCCCCAAACUAGACUACCCAACCUCCGACAUUCCCGAGUGGUGACUGAUGAAGAAGAUGAUAGCCUGCCCCAAGUGGCUCAACAUACACGAGGUGCUGCUGUACGUAGGGAAUUGGUGAGGGAGGAGAAGCCUGCCCAGGUUAUCCUACACACUCGCAGAACUUUGCCUCGCCGAGAGGAGCCAUGGACUAAGGCCUCACCUACUGGGGAGAGGAUGCAGAAAACAGCUCCACACAGGACUGAGGCUUCUGCUGACAGGGUUUUAAGAAAUAAUCCCCACAGGACAGAGACCUUGCCUGUUGGGGAGAAGUUGCAACAAGUUUCUCCACAUAAGGCAGAUCUUGGAGCUGCUGGUGACAGGGUGCUAAGAGGCACUCUUCCAAGAACAGAAGCCCAGCCUGCUGGUGAUAGGUUGCCACGAAGUGCCCCACAGAGAACAGAUACUGGUUUGGAUAAGAUGGUGAGGCCAGGUCCACAGAAGCCUGAGAAACCCUCUGAGUUGGAUAAACUCCCAUCCAGCCCUAGGACUGAGAUACCAAUUUAUGAGGCACAGCUCCUCCAGCUUCAUCCACAGGCACUUGAUGGCGAGAUGCUCAAUUUAAAAACAGAUAUAAAAGAGCAGAAAGAGGAAGAAAUUACUCUGGUUACUCCAUCAGUCCCUGAGUUCCAAGUUUCCAAGAAUAUCCUGAAUGCGGAAGUACCAGCAUUCCAGGCACAAGAUCUUCUAGUGGCUGACGAGAAGUUGUUGAGUGUACAGUCACCAGCUGGUGCUGAGAAAGCAGAGAUCCCAGCAACUAAAGAGAAGGCAUCAAGCCCAGCGACUCUCAUUGCCAGUGUAGAACGACCGUAUGAAAGGAAACCUGAGGUUGCUUGUGAGGUAGGCCUACCUUGGAAUGAACAAAAAGAGAGCCUGCCCAGGUCGGAGGAAGAAGCAGAUGUGAGUGCUACUUGCAGUACUGCAAAACAACAAGAGUCAUUGAACUCUGUGCAUGAGGCACACGAGCAAGAGGUUGCUCAAGAGAUGGUGCCUUCCAGAGCUCCUGAUAGGACAGUGUCUGAGACACUCAUCUCUAAAACCUCAGAGGGCAUCCCCCUGGAAUCCACACUUAGUGCAGUAUCCAGGUUGGGCAGUGAGACCCCCACAAUUGAGGUGCCUGUACUUCCUUCUCUGGACCACUCCAUGCCAGCCGUUAGCUCCCUUGUUCAACUGGAAACUCUGUCCUGUGUAAAGGAACCAAAUGGUUUGGAGCAGCCUCCCAGAACAGGAGACUUCACACAUCCCACUUCAAGCUUCCUAGAUGAGCCCCAGCCCAAAAUCUCACUUCCAGAGAUUGUAUUGCCAACACUAGAGGCUGCUAGCUGUGAAACCAACAGCCUCAAAGAGUCACCUAAGCAGAGUCAAGGGAUUGUGGGGAAGAAGCUUCAUGAAGAUGAGCAGCAAAACAAAGAGGCUGAAACUACAGCCACCUGCCCAGGGUCUGUCUCUUCACAGGAGAGUCCACCAGGUACUGUAAUCUGCUCAGGAGGUCUAUCUCCAGACGAGAGUCUGUCACCAAUUAAACCCCCCCGCCGUCGAACCAGUGCUGAUGUGCAGAUCCGACAGAGUUGUCAGGACCAAGAUGGCCCUGCUGCCAAAGUCUUGCGCAAGCUGCCAGGACGCCUGGUCACAGUGGUGGAGGAGAAAGAGCUGAUUCGGCGUCGUCGUAAUCGUGUACGCAAGCUGGAUGCUGCCAACAGCAUCAUGAUGAGUCCCAGCAACAGCUCAGCUCAGAGUGUGUCAGAGCCAGAGACCUCCCCCGGUGGUAAAGAGUUGCCACUGCUGCGUGACUUGCCUGCCCGUCGGAGAAUUGAGCUGGAGACCCGAGCAGCAGCCAGAGAGAGAGAGGAUGGCUCAAGAGGAGAGCUGCUUAUUAGCCCUUCUGUUGAGCCUAUGAAACGCAAACGAGGACGUCCCCCCAAGAACAAGUCCCCUGAGCAGCAGAGUCCAGGGCUGCUCCAGCCCCUCCCUGAGCCAUUUAUGGAGACCAACCCCCAGAGUUGGGCACCAGAGAUGAAGGUGCUCGAGAUCAACCGAAGCAAGACCCCAGAGAAGAAAGGGCCUGAGAUCAGGCCCCAGAGUAAGAUCCCAGAGAAGAUUCAGCCCCAAAGUAAGACCACAGAGAAGGUGCCUGAGAUCCAGCCCCAGCGUAAGAUCCCAGAGAAGAAGGUGCCCAAGACAACGUCACCGAAGAUUGAGUCUCCCAAGAAUAAGACUGAGAGUAGCAAAAACAACUCUCCUGUGGAAAAGCGACGGCGUGGCCGACCCCCCAAGAUACGGGAGUCCUCCACCAUGUCUCCCAAGUCUUCUAAUUCUGGAAUUCUACCAGCCCCAUCCACAAAGCCUCUGAUCACAGAGUUACUCCCUAAGGUGCAGGAGCAGCUAGACAAGUCCCCUAGGCCCACCUCUGUGACAGAAACAACAUCUAAGAUUCACAAAUCACUGGACAUGCAUCCCAAAACAACUUCUAUCUCAAAAAUAUCCCCUAAGGCACGGAACCAAAUGAGUGGCCAUCCCAAACCCAUAUCGGUGAUGAAAUCAACUCCUAAGGCGCGAGAACUGUUGGCCACAGAAGUACAUGAACCCCUUCCUCCUACUCCCCCUAGAGCUGUCUCUGCAGCAGAAGUCUCUCCAGAGAUGCAAGGGCUGCCUUGUCCAACUGCUCUUGGGUCCACAACAUCAGAUUCUCCACCCAAGCGGAAGAGGGGUCGGCCCCCAAAGAACCAACCUUCUCCUCGUGUGGAGGCAGCACCUCCUCCCACUUCAGCUUCUGACCAUGAGACCUCCACAGAGAAGCAGACUCCAGUGCCUCCUGUCCGCAAGCGGCGGCGGCGAAGGAGAAAGGAUGAACUAGGUCCAGCAUUGCCUGGCAUCAACCAGAGCUCAUCUGAGGGCGAAGAUUCCCGCCCACUCACCAGAUUAGCUCUGCUCAAGCGUGAGGAAAAACCAGAGGCUUGCAGUGAGGGUUUCGCUCAGCCCUCUCCAAAGCAUGUUGUUGCUGAGGGUGCUUCAUCAGCAGAGAGUACUACUUGGGAACAGCCUUCUAGCGAUACCCCAACUCGCUCUACCCGCCUCCGGCCUGGCAGCCUUGUCCCACCAUUGGAGCGGGAGACUCAGCGGCGGAAGCGGCGCUGCUCUUUGGAAGGCAGCCGGGUGAGCAACAGCAGCAAGUCGCCUGCUCCCCAGGCCACCUCGGAGCAGGAGGGCGGGGAGUCUGAGUCCUCACUGAGAUCCUCCUCGGAGUCAAGCAGUAACAAGCGUGCCCAGCAGCCCAAGCGCCAGUGCUAUGAAUCGGCAGGGGGGAGGGGGAGGGGGAGGGGGCGGCACCAUGGGAGCAUGGCCGACCGUAUCCUCCGUAGUGCAGCUAAGCCCACCGACAACACCCGUUCAGCCUCUUCCCCCAUCCCCACCAGGAAAAUGGGCCCCCCUUCUUUUUCCACCUCAGCUGGGGGAGCCACUGGGGUGCUCUCUCCCUCAGCUGCCCCCUCCCCAGCUGCCCCAGUUACCUCUUCACUAAGUAACAGAGGCCGCAAGCCCAAGACGUGACCACAGCGCAAGAAGUUCUGCUGUCACUUCUCUGUGAGGAUGGGUCAGUGGCCAUCUCCUUGCACGUACUAUAAGCAGAUUUAGCUCCUCCUUGCUCUUAUUCCUCCUGUUAUCAUGGGGAGCAGCUGAUGGGGUUCCCGUGUCCCCACCCCGCUCCCUGCAUUCCAGACGUGACUGUUAGAGUACUACUUGAAAGGAGGAGGACAGCAAGUGUGGUUGUUCAUUCCCAGGUGCUCUUUCUCAGAGCAGGGCAAGGGCCACUCCUGCAGAAGUUACUAGCUCUGGAUGUGUAGCUCAGCUGCUUCACCUCCGGGGAAGUGAAGGGCCAGCACUUUUCUCAAUGAAUUCUGCUACUUCCUGAUCAUAGAGUGGGUGGGGGAGCAGCUCCAUAGAUUUGUGGCCUCCUGAGUGACACUACAGGACUUCCUCCACCCCUGAAAGGCCCGCUAGUUCGGUACACUUUGGGAAGCCUCAGUUUAGGCUUUUGUUAGGCGCUUGCAUCCUUUUUAAAAAAAUAAAAAUAAAUUGUCACAUUUUGGGGCUCUCUGUCUUUGCCCUCAACCCCCCUUUCCAAAAGACCUGCAGGGGGCAUCCUCCUGAUUUGUAACACAAUUAGCUCUUUUUUAAUGGCUUUGGGUUGGUUUUUAAAUGACAGUGACCAAACGCUGGGUCCCCUUCUCUGGCUUUCCCUUUUGAUUGAUCCCUGUUUAUUCCAUUUACAGCUUAGGGCCCUCUUGAGGCACAAGGAGAUGGCAGACUUGAUUCCUCAAAAGGGGGAGGGUGCAUGUCCCGCCCCAGUAAGGCCGUGCCCUCACAUUUUACAUCACCACCAGGAGAAAUUGUCUUAUUUUUAAUGAUGUAUAUUACAGCCUCACUGCUCCAAGGACACUUCGGGCGUCUGAGUUGGAUCAAAUCCCACUUCCCUUCCCUGCCUCUCUGUGUACAGCUCUCAUUGUAAAAUAGGUUCUUUUGAACAUAAUCUAUGCAAAGGUUAUUUUGUAUAGGGGAGCACAACGUUCCCUCCCCUCCCCCACCGCAGUGGGAUUCGAGGUGGCAGUGGGUCUCUGGUUUGGGAGGGUUGCAGUUGGGGUGGAGGGGGAGGUGUUCCCAAGGAGCUGUCUUUCCUACUGAAGCAUGUUCAGAACUUGUACAGAAGACCGAUGUAAUCUUUCUUCAGAAUAAUGCUAUGAAUAAAGUGUUAAAAAAAAGAAAGAAAAACCAACAGCACACCAAA